CUACCAAUUGUUGAAGAGUUGGUUCACUUGGGAGACCGGGGGUGACUUCAUGAUGGUGAACUCGCGAUUCCCACGGGAUGUGCAUGGAAUCUGCUGGUUCAUCGGAUCGUCACCCUGCAGCAGCUGCAUCGCGUGAGCUGCUGAGGCUUUCACACCAGCUUCUGUGGGCGUCUGGCGCGUCACGCACUCCUGGCCAGAUGGACACGGUCCUCCCUGUUUAGACAGUGUACACGCUGCACAAGGAGUGAAGCCCCAAGCCAAAGAUGCAUGGGACAAUGUCGGCCGCAAAGGGUGUCUCAAUGCAGUGUCUCCCUGUUUUACGCGCUGUACCUGCCGCAUCGGAUGCGCACUGGAAGACGACGCCAUGCGCAGCGCCGCUCGCCAAGGUCUGGUCAUGAUUGUGAUGAUGAGCGGUGUUCCUGACGAAGAAGCUACGCAUCUCAACAGCUGCUCCAGCCCCUGCGUGACACAUCGCACAACAAUGCAUGGUGGGAAGCCAAGCUGGAUGAGCGCGUACCGUGCCAGAGAAAGGCAGUGACGACAGCAACCACAAGCAUCAU